CGACGAUCGUGAUCACGUCUUGAACGUUAACAUUUGAAAAUAUUUUUUUGAAAAAAAGUUUCGCGCAUAAACUUUUUUAUUUAAAGACUUAAAAAAAAAUUUACGCGUUAAAAAAUUUUUUUUGUGUUUCAAGCCUUCUUCUCCUAUUGACAACAAAAAAAGUAAGAGCUUAUAAAAAAGUGCACUGUGCAAAAAAAAAACAAGUUCAAUGUUAAAUUUCCUACUGCGAGAGAAGAGAAUUAUGUGAAGUGUUGAAAAAAAUUGAAACUAAUAAACCAUUAAACUUAAUUGCUGUUCGUAAAUAAGAUAAGUGAAAAAAAAACAAGAAGAAGCAGAAAAAAAAUAAUUUGUAAAAAAUGAAACAGUUAUGGACAUUUGUGACAACACUUGCUGCAGUUUGUAUCAACAGUGUGAAGUUGCAAGAGGAAUCCGGAAGGACGUUAUACAGUGCCAGAUAUGACAAUUUAGACAUCGACACAAUAUUGGCGAGCAAUCGUUUGGUCACUAACUACGUUGAUUGCCUCCUCAACAAAAAACCUUGUCCUCCGGAAGGAAAAGACUUAAAAAGAAUCUUGCCAGAAGCAUUGCGAACAAAGUGUGGGCGUUGUUCGAACAUUCAGAAGGAAAAUGCGCUCAAAGUGAUCCGGAAUCUGUAUGAACGUUAUCCGAAUCAUUACAAUGCCUUGCGUGACAAAUGGGACAAAACCGGCGAAUAUCAUCGCAGAUUCCUCGCGUAUUUGGAUGAAGAGAAUUUCAAUCAGAUCGGCGGGCAUGACAGUUUCGACAGAGAUCAAACGCAGAUCAAUAGUGUCGCGGUGAAUUCUAUUCAAACAACAACGACGACAACGAGAAGACCAAGACCUCCGUCGACGACGAGAGCAACGAGACCUCCGACAACGACGCAAAGGCAAACGCGCCCAACGACAACUGGACGCCCCACACGAAGUCCUUCCAUUGAGCAAGCACCCAGUGUUAGUAACAAUAUUAAUAAUUCCUCCAAUUCUAAUGAAACCGCUGACGAAACUGUAUCUAAUGACUUUUCUGUAACUUCUCAAGAAUCGCCAAGCACAAAUGCAAUUUUAGAUGAUGAUUUUGAACCGCAAACAUCUGUAACCACAGACGAGACGCGCCCUCUAUCGACAACUAAUGUCGUUUCAACGUCAAACUCAAAUCCUGUCGUCGUUGCAAAUCGUUUCGGCGAUACUGAUGAAGGCACAAUGGUAACUAACGAUCCUCCGCGACGCACUUACCCGCCUGCUUCAUCUCCAACAUCAGGCAGACCUUUCUUCAUAAGAACUCGCCCAACUGCAAAUGGACAAGAUACGGAAACAACACGAAGACCCCUUUUCAACUCAAAUCAUUUGAUCAACAACUUCUUCGUGCCCCCGAAUCAACAAGGCGCUCAAGGACCUAUCGCGGGAAUUAUCAAUGCAAUCGGAAACAAAGUCACAAGAACAACUGAAGCCAUCGUCGGCAUGAUUCACAAUACGGCGAGAAUUAUUACAGCGCAUCAUCAACCACCAAAUUAUGUUAAUUAAUUAAAAAUAAGAAAAAAAAAAUGAAAAAAAUAAUUUCUAAAGCAAAAUUAGAAGAAGCCAUAUUUUUUAAGUUUUGGUGAUUAAUUUUUAAGUCAUUUUGCGUGACAAAAGUUAAAUAUUUAUUAUUAUGAAAUUUUGGAUAUUUACGGAGAUUAUUAAAAAAAAAGUUGAAAAAAUAAAAAAAUAUAGCAAAAAAGUAAGAUAUUGAAAAAAUCUUAGUUUGUAAGUGAACGAGAAAGUAUAAUUGUAGGAUUUUUUUGUGAUUUGACGUCAAAAAAGACCUUCGAAUUGGA